AUGAUUAUCCCGGUGCGCUGUUUCUCUUGCGGAAAGGUCGUUGGUGACCUCUGGGAGCGGUACUUGCAGCUGCUCGAUGACGGUGUGCCUGAUGGUGAUGCCAUGGAUCAAUUGGGUUGCCGCCGAUACUGCUGCCGCCGUAUGAUCAUGACCCACGUCGAUCUCAUUGAGAAGCUCCUUCGAUACAACUCCGCCGAGAAGGACCGAUCCAAGGCCCAGGCUUAA